AAGCUCACCACCACCCCAUCCUUUUCUUUUACCUUCUUUUUUUUUUCUUUUCCUUUUUUGCUCUCCAUGGCUUCCACCUCCUCAUCAGCCAUCACCUCUCCCUUUGCAAUUCUCUACCAAAGCGAGCAUCACUACUACUAGUGCUCCUUCCACUCUCUCCUCCUCCUUACACUGUCCCUCCAUGGAGGAGGCCCCUGCAAGAAGCGCCUAAGGAUCCCUCCAUUCGGGUUCACCCCACCACAAUGGCGGCGGCCAACGCCGGCGCCAUGGUGCGCUUCGUGGCGGCGUUCUUGGCGGCGGUGCUGGUGAUGAUGGUGCCAUGCGCGCCGCGGGCGGCGGCGGCGGCGGUCGGGGUGAACUGGGGCACCGUGUCGGCGCACCGCAUGCCGGCGCCCGUCGUGGUGGAGCUCAUGCGCGCCAACCGCAUCGGCAGGGUCAAGCUCUUCGACGCCGACCAGGCCGCCCUCCGCGCGCUCAUGGGCAGCGGCCUGCAGGUCAUGGUCGGGAUCACCAACGAGAUGCUCCAGGGCAUCGCCGCCUCCCCCGCCGCCGCCGACGCCUGGGUCGCGCGGAACGUGUCGCGCUACGUCGGCCCCGGCGGCGCCGACAUACGGUACAUUGCUGUGGGAAAUGAGCCAUUCCUGACAAGCUAUCAGGGGCAAUUCCAGUCAUAUGUUCUUCCAGCAAUGACCAAUAUUCAGCAAUCAUUGGUGAAAGCUAAUCUUGCAAGGUACAUCAAACUAGUUGUCCCAUGCAAUGCUGAUGCAUAUCAGAGUGCAUCUGUUCCAUCACAGGGAGUGUUCAGACCUGAUCUGAUUCAGAUUAUUACCCAGCUCGCUGCUUUUCUUAGCUCAAGUGGUGCUCCUUUCGUGGUCAAUAUCUAUCCAUUCCUCAGCCUUUACCAGAGCUCUGAUUUCCCACAAGAUUAUGCCUUCUUUGAUGGAUCUAGUCACCCAGUUGUGGAUGGCCCUAAUGUGUACUACAAUGCUUUCGAUGGCAAUUUUGACACAUUAGUUUCUGCUUUGAGCAAGAUUGGCUAUGGGCAGCUACCAAUUGCGAUUGGCGAGGUGGGUUGGCCAACUGAAGGGGCACCAAGUGCAAACCUGACUGCAGCAAGGGCAUUCACCCAAGGCCUGAUCAGUCAUGUUUUAAGCAACAAAGGAACUCCUCUACGUCCUGGGGUGCCUCCGAUGGAUGUAUAUCUUUUCAGCCUUCUUGAUGAAGAGCAGAAGAGCACAUUACCUGGCAAUUUCGAGCGACACUGGGGAGUUUUCUCAUUUGAUGGACAAGCCAAGUACCCUCUGAAUCUUGGAUUGGGCAGUCCAGUUCUGAAAAACGCCAAAGAUGUGCCAUAUCUUCCUCCACGGUGGUGUGUUGCGAACCCUGGUCGAGAUCUUAACAAUGUCGAGAAUCACCUAAAGCUUGCUUGUACUAUGGCUGAUUGCACCACCCUCUACUAUGGUGGCUCAUGCAAUGCUAUUGGGGAGAAGGGCAACAUCUCAUAUGCUUUCAACAGCUACUAUCAGCUGCGGAAACAGGACGCCCAGAGCUGUGAUUUCGAUGGACUUGGCAUGAUCACUUACCUUGACCCAUCCAUCGGUGACUGCCGCUUUCUUGUUGGUAUAGAUGACAGUAGAACAUCUACAAUCUAUUCUUCAGGUGACUGUUCUCGGAGGCGCUUUGGAUUGUGGAUCUUGGCGUUCUUGGUAAUUGGGUUCCUUCAGAUUGGGGUUUAUUUGUGAUUUUGGUUGUCGAGAGUCGACUUUAAACAGCUCCCUUGGGCACACUUCCCAUGUCCUUGUGAAGUAGCUUCGUCAAUUGGUGGCUUCUAGAUGUAGGAAAGGGGGGACACUGUUAGAUGUACAUGAUCACUAGCUUGUUCUUGGGAUUGUGCUGUCCAAUUCUGCAACUUCCGAUCUUCAUGCUAAGGUGGCCAAAAGCUUUCUCUAGAUUGAAAUGAAGAUGGUAGAUGUUGUUGCAACCUGAUUCUGCCAUUCUUUGGUACCACCAUUUUGAUUUGGGGCGAAUAUAUUUCUUUUGUAGGGGGUAUAUGAGGCUAUGGUAUUGCUGUGGUCUUAAAGAUACCUCAUGAAACCGCUGAAAUUCAUACUGGUGGAAUCACGAGAAAUUGUUUUGUUUGACUAGCUUUGUCCACUGGAUAUACAUUAGGGUUUUUGUG